UUUUUACAUUGUUCCUGCUGCAGUGGUAGUCGUGGUGUCCGCGGCCGCGUUCCAAAUCUACGUCCGCACGCACGCACGCCGCACGGCAUCAGCUCUCGCUGUAGAACAAUAACAACAAAAGAUCGACCGUCCGUCAUUUGCUCGCCAACGACUAACGUUUAAUAAUUUUAACAAUAAUAUGCUGCCGAAGCCCUCGUCGUCGAGUAUUUAACGACGUAAUACAUAUUUUAUCAUAAUGUCCGGUGUGGUCGGCAGUUCGUGACGCAAAUAAUUUUCGCCAACCCGCCAGCGGUUUUCGCGUUACGAUUCAUUCGGUUUCAGCGAAAACAUAAAGAGAACGACGGGCUAACGGGCCGCGCGCGUGAUGACCGGUACGGCAACGGUUAUUCGGUAUUCGGGCGACUUCUCCGUCGUCGGGUCUUCGUCGUGACGACAGGUGGACGCGAAUACCGAGUGCCGAGUGUCAUCGGUCGGGUCGUUAUUUAGUGGUGCGGAGCGAGAAGAGACCGUGACGAUUCGCGUUGUCCCGUGUAUAGUUUUUCAAAGUCCGUGUUCGUUUGCCGCCGCCGCCGAAGACUUGUGACGGGAUGGAAAUCGAUGAACAGCAGACGCCGACCGACGACGUCUUAGCCACCGCAAAUCGCAUUGACCAUUCCGCGAUCACAAUAAUAUAGCCCGACCAUAGAACUCCCCCGCGCAAGAUAAUUUCAUUGCGAAUUCCAAAAUGUCUUCCCAAGUAGAUUACCAAUGGGCAUAUACAAUAAUGGAUUCAUCUCGGGUCUCUACAUUUUUGAUAUCUAUUCUGUUAAUUGUUUAUGGCAGUUUCAGAUCUUUAAAUAUGGAACAAGAAGCUAGAGAAAGAGAAAAAGAAAAAUCUAAGAGCUCCAAUGGAAGCUCUGUGUGCUUAACAGAUAUUAGUAAGCGAAAACAAGAUGUUCAAACACUGGAUACUAUGCAAGCUUUGUGUUUGCCUCUGGGAGCUUCAAUAUCACUAUUAGUCAUGUUUUUCUUCUUUGAUUCUAUGCAAAUGUUAUUUGCGAUAUGCACUGCAAUUAUUGCUACCGUUGCAUUGGCAUUUCUUCUGCUGCCCAUGUGUCAGUAUAUAAUUAAUCCUUGCUCCGACGGAAACAAGAUCUCUUUUGGUAUAUGUGGUCGUUUUACAACUGCUGAGCUACUUUCUUUUUCAAUGGCAUUGUUUAUAGUUUGUAUCUGGGUACUGACUGGACAUUGGCUGUUAAUGGACGCAAUGGGAAUGGGACUCUGUGUAGCAUUUAUUGCCUUUGUCCGACUUCCUAGUCUUAAAGUGUCCACUCUUCUGUUGACUGGUCUUUUGAUCUAUGAUGUUUUCUGGGUGUUUUUCUCGUCAUACAUAUUUAACACCAACGUUAUGGUCAAAGUGGCAACAAGGUCAGCAGAGAAUCCUGUUGGAGUAGUUGCCCGAAAGUUACACAUUGGCGGAGUUGCCAAAGAAGCACCAAGGUUAUCACUUCCUGGAAAAUUAGUAUUUCCCAGUAUUCAUAAUGGGCGGUUUUCAAUGCUUGGGCUUGGAGAUAUAGUUAUGCCUGGUUUAUUACUGUGUUUUGUGAUGCGGUAUGAUGCAUAUAAGAAAUCUCAGCUUCUACAUUUCGGAGAAACUGGUGUUCCUCCUCCAAGGCAUCUAGGCAGAAUAAGUUAUUUCCACUGUUCACUAAUUGGAUACUUUCUGGGCCUAGUUACCGCUACAGUGUCUUCUGAGAUUUUUAAAGCAGCCCAACCAGCCCUACUUUAUCUAGUUCCAUUUACACUAUUACCACUUUUGACCAUGGCCUAUUUAAAGGGUGAUUUAAGAAGAAUGUGGAGUGAACCAUUUAUAAUACAACAGCCUUCCAAACAUAUGGACGUAUAGUCUGUGUAGCAUUUACUAUUAUAAUGUAUAUUUAUUUUUAGAACCAUUUUUGUACAAUUUUCUCUUUUAAUUAUUUUGUGUAAUAGAUCUGCAUACAUUUUGCCCUUUCUACUUAAGGGGAUAUUAAAAAAAAUAUAUAUAUAUGAUCUUAUGUUUUCUGAAAAUCAACUUAUACUUUUACAAAUUAUUUCUUCUCCAACAAUAAUUUGUCUUUUUAUCAAUUGAAAGAUUGUGAUGUUCAUUUAAUUCCAUUUCUGUGAGUUUCCAUUUAUAUGACACAUGAUUUACUGAUCUAAUAUACAUAAUAUAAUAUUUAUAUAUUUAAAUUUUUUCAUACUACAUAAACUUUUCAUUAGGAUGGACUUGUCUUGUUAGUUUUUGAUGAUAGAGUUGGCCAAUUAUUAAA